GUGUCGCUGAAUAUUUGGAAGAUGGCGGAUUACGAUGUUGGAGUGAGAAAGCCCUGCAGGAUUUGUGGUAGACAAUUUGUUCCAGAAUCAUUGUCCAAGCAUGAACCAAUUUGUAGAAAGACUGCAGCAAAAAAGCCUAAAGUAUUUGAUUCAGCCAAACAGAGGGCGGAGGGUACAGAAGUCAGCUAUAAACAGAUAAAACAGUCUCAGAAAAAGGCCAAGCAAGAGGUUGUAAAACCUCCAAAAUCUAACUGGAGAUUGCAGCAUCAAGACUUUAUCAAUACUGUCAGAGCAGCUAGGGGUGUAACACAGGCUUUGGAAAGAGGAGAACCCCUGCCCCCUCCUCCCCCUCCCUCCAUCAACCCAGAUUAUGAGCAAUGUCCUUACUGUGCCAGAAGAUUUAAUGCAAAAGCUGCUGAGAGGCAUAUAAACUUCUGUAAGGAGCAACAAUCCAGGAUACCUAACAGGGCAACUAAGGGCGAUCCCAACGCUAAAGCUAAAAUGAAUGCUCGUAAUACGUAUCAGGCGCCUAAGCCAAAGGCAAAAGCCAGCCCAGGAGGAGCAGGAGAUAGUCCAGGUUAUGGCAGGGCACCAGCUUCUCAACCAGCAGGAGUUGGUAGAACUCCCCCUGGUGCUAGUAACGGUUACGGUAGAGGUGGAACCAGCACUAGAGGGCGUUCCACUGGAACCACAUCAUAUCAGGCACAAGAUUACUCUGACAAUCAAAGUAACGGUCACGACAAUGGAAUGAAUGCAGGCAAGGCCUUACGCACUGGCAGAGGUGGGCGAAUUUACCAAGAGGCAAAACGGGACAUUAAAUCUGCCAGUAAACUGGGUUCCAACAAUUCUUUGUUAAGCAUGUCCCCGGCCAGUCUAGCUCCAGAUUGUCGAAGAAUAAAGUCAGCGGACGCUAUGGGAGGUAGUAAGUACAGCCCUGGUGGUAGUACUGGCGGUAAAAUUUCUAUUCACGGUGGCGGAAAUCAUAAAGAAGGAGAAUCUGGUUACUAUAGCAGCAACUCAGAAACAGAACAUGUCAACUUACAAUUCCAGCGUCGUAUCUCUAGUGCUAGCUCAUCUUCCUCAACUCAUCAUCAUCAUCACUCAAGCUCACAGUCUCAGAACAUGCCUAAGUUUUGUCAUGAGUGUGGAAACAAAUACCCCAUUCAAAAUGCCAAAUUUUGUUGUGAAUGUGGAAUGCGACGGAUUGCUAUAUGACAAAGUUGUAAAAUUAUAGUUUGUUAAUGAAUUACGAAAAAAUUUAUAUAUUUUGUUAAUGUUUGAACAAGUUAUACAGAUAUAAUAAUGAAAAACCCUGUACUCACAGAAAAUCUUUUGUUUACAGCAAAUAAAUAAAACACAGACAGGGAUUAUACAGGCCUCUGUAGACUUAUCUGAAUAAGAAUUAACUGUGAUAUUUGUAUAAGGUUGUUAUGGAUACAAGACUUGAAACAUGAAUAUCACAUCAUAAAAGAUAAAUCUAGCUAAAAAUUCUCAAUGUAGAUUGCUCAUAAAUAGCUUUUAAUUGAACCGGUACUCUACCAUAUUUUUAUGGAUGGUAACAGUUAGGUGUAUCCUGACCUCAAAAAUCCAAAAAUUUACUGGUUUUUUUUGGGGAGGUAAAGAUUGCAUCAAAUGCAAUCAAAGCCCUAUGUUACUGACUUGAUAUAUAAAUCUUCUAAGGCUUAUCACUACCUUUUUGAUACACAAAGUAUAGUGCAUUGAUCAUAACAUUCUGUACAUCCUGUCCAUGAACGUUUCCAGAAAUUUACCAACAUAAUAUACGCUCAGAUAUUCAAGUCAAAAAAUUAUGUUAUAUAUAUACACCUCUCAAAAGAAAUUCCAUAACUUUUUCAAAGUGCAGAAAUCUGAUAUCUGUUCUAAAAAUAUAUAUGAUGUCAUUGUUAAAGUCAUCUUUAAAAUUGGAGUUAUCUCCCAUAGUCCAGAAUUUUAGUUGAAUCAACUACAACUAAUGCUUUAUUGACAAUGCAAUAUUUAAUUUUACUUCCUAUUGAUAAAUUAACACAAUCUUUACCCUUAUGUGCUUUUAAGUACUUUCACUUCUAACCAUAUUACUUAUGAAUUUGAUGUUCGGAUGUAAACUGUUAAAUUGGCAGCACAUCAUUCAAAGUGUGCACAUCUUAGAAAUAUUUAACCCUAUAUUACUUUGGAUGGUGGAGCUAGAUGUUUCAUCAAUCAUACAAUAAUUCUACUGAUCUCUGUCCCAUAUAUACUAGUAUAUAAAGCACUUUGGAGGUUAACAGCUAGGUGUAUCCUAAAUCCAGCAAAUUGUGUUCAUAAGCUGACAUUGGGUUGUUCCAGUUAAUAUCUGAUAAUGGGGGAUGGAUGGUCCUUUCUGAGGGGUGUACAAUUUAUACAUCUUAGUGGUGGAAUUUUUUUUUUUUCAUCUGACAGGUACACUUUUACACAACAAUUUCUGAGGGUCUUGCAACAGUAAAUAAUUAAAAAUAAGUACAUCUUAGGGGUUACAAAAAAUACCUAUUUCAUAUCUUAGGGGUGCUUUGGAAUGUAGACAGUUUCAUUUUGUGUAUUACCUGGUAUUAGAUUUAAAAUUCUAAUGGGUACAAUCCUUGCAGUAAAAAUUCUGAUAGGUCAAUUUUUCCCAUGAAAGCCCAUCCACCCAAUAUGAACAGGAACUCUACAUCUGAUAGGUCUUAAUUUAUAGAUCUGAUAGGUUAGUUUUUCAUGAUGUUUUUUUCUGAUAGGUAUGAACAAAAAUCUCCCCAUCAAUCCCCAACUGUCAGAAAUUAAUUUGAAUGGCCCAUUGUAUUGUUGAUACCUAAAAUGUUAAAAAGUUGUUCAAUUUGCAUUGUUUAUUCAGAAGAUCAACUUGCCAUAUAUUUUUAUAUUUUUGUACAAUUUUAACAUUUGCCUUCACAAAAAUAACUUUGAUAAGAUUGGGUGUUCUGUUUUUGAGCUGCCACCAGUUGAAACGUGAUCAUUAUUUAUUUGUGUGUUUUAGUGUUGAUAGCUUGUAUUAUUCAGGUAUUUUGUGAUAUUAAUGUAUGUAAAAACAAAUUUGCUGCUUAAUUUAUUAUGUAUUUCAAUAGGUUGUUUCAUAUGAAUUUAGUUGCUGUCUUUGGUAGAAAUUUGUAAUUGCUGUUAUGAAUCAGAGAUGGGUUUUAGCAGAAAUCCUCUAUUUUAAAUUUAUUGAUCCAUCACGAUUUCAUACAUUUAAUCUGUCAUUAUCUGAAUGAACAACAUCUCUUUUGUGUGGAAUUCUCAAAUUUUGUCAUUUUUAAUGUGAUUAAUUAAAGAAUUAAGAUUAAACUUAAAUUGAUUUGAAAAUAGUUAGAUGCACAUGUUCAUCCUCAAAAGUGUUUCUCAUUUUACUACCAAACCAGGAAACCUGACAAUUUGAUAGAACAUUUAUGCUCUCUAUACAUAUCGAAAAGUACCAACCUCAUUUCUAAUCUCUUCAAAUACUUUUACCAUUAUUUUUUUUAAAUACACAUGUUCAUAAUACCUUUAAACCAAAAUGUUUUUCAAAUUUUAUUUUUGAAUUCAAAUAUAUUGCUUACUUUGAUAGGCUUUGUAACUGUAACAAUCUAUUAACACAAAAAAAAAAAAAAAAAAAUCCAAAGGUUGGUAUUAAACACAGCAAUAGAGCAAUUUAAAUUAUCUGUACAGUAGCUCAUGUUUGUGUAAUGAAAUUUUUGGAAUAUUGAAUAAUGUUUUUCCAAUAAUUUAGAAUUUGGUUUUAAAAAAUGAAGAUAAAUACAAUUUUAGUUAACAAUCUGAAUCAUAUUUUGUUUAUUUUUAUGCUAAUGAAAGAAAUCUCAAAAUUUUAAUUGUUCGAUUGAUUAUUCUUUGUGUUUUGCAAUUUUAUUUAUGCUCAGUGUUUAACACAUGAGCUGCUUCAAAUAGAAAUCGACCUUAUGCAAGUUCACGUACACAUCUACAUGUAUAAAGCCUUUGGUCGAUUUUGGAACAUUCAAAUAAAAAGAUGAACUUGGGCUUAUUUUGUAGGGUUCUUAUAACAACUAAAUUUUUCAAAUAGUCACAGACUUUGCAUAGAUAUUUUGUCAAUUGUCAACCCGAACUAAGAUAACAUAUGUACAUAUGUAUUUAUUUUUAUUUGCAUAUGGUCGAUAAAAGACGAUCACUAUCCGACGCAGCCCACUUAAUAAUAGAUUAUCUUAUUUGUAAGAAGUAUAUUUUUCUUCACUAAGUGAAAAGUUUAUUUAUUAUGUGAUAAAGCAGCUAGGUUGUAUCGCUUUAUAUGUACAAUGUUUAUAUGUUACAUUAAUCAUAUGAUAUUAUGUAGAGAUUUUAAUUCUAGUAGGAGGUACUGACUCAAUAUUAUACAUCUUAAGGUGGUACCUAACACUACAGGGACAUAACUCUUUAAAGUCAGCUAAACGUUUUAAUUAUGUUUUGUUGUAAAAGGAAUAUCAAGCUUCUCAAUGACCAAAAUUGGCGUUUGUCAAACUGCUAUAUAACCAGUGUAAUUUUUCUGACAAAACGGUUGGUUAAAAAUUUUUGAAAUUUUGAAAUUUUUGUUAAAUACAUUGUCAAAAUUUGAUGAAAAUUAAACGAGCCAAAUUAAUUUUAGUAAAAGUGUUGGGUAUCACCUUAUGCAUUUCACUUUAUGAAGUGAUAAAAAAUUUCCGUCCAAUUAUUUAUUGCAAAAUAUUUAUAUUUGCUGACUGUGACAUAAGAUGUUUAUUGAUGUUUAAAUUGAAUCUGUCUUCUUAAAUGAUAGUAUUAUAAUUUGGCAAUCUCACUUUUGCAUGUACAAUUGUUUGGUAUUAGUUUAUAUUGGCAAAAUACUGUAUUAGGUUGAUAAAAAUGGCAACAUUUAGAAAAACCUGAGAAGUUUUACAGCUGAACUAUUAGACUGUGUAUUGUAAUUUGUGCAUACAUAUCCUUCUGUUUUGUUAGAUGGACCCUGGAUUAAUGAUAAAUUUCAGUACUUGUUAAAAUCACCUUCGUUUAUCUAAGUAGAUAUUAAUUGAUCAAAUUUAAUAGAAAAGGUUUCAAAUGAUUCCUCAUUGGCAAUUAUUAACCGCUUCUACUUUUUUAUAUAGGUAGGUAGGGAUUAUU